AAAACCGAUCGCCGCAUCUUGAGAUAAUGCGAUUUGGGUGAUUGGCGUAGGAACAAAAGUUACCUUUUUUGACUGGUUGGUUGACACGAUUCAGACGUUUUUAUUGUGCCAAUCGGAACCACGAGUAAACUAUUUUAAAAAAAUGACUACCGGAGCAGAUGUUCGUGAUAUCCUGGAGUUGGGGGGCGGGGACUCUGAAAACACACCGAUCAGUAAAAAGGAUAUCCUUAACUCGGACAAUAAGAAAAAAUCGAAGAAAUCAACAGAAACACUCACAUUUAAGAGGCCAGAAGGAAUGCACAGAGAAGUUUAUGCACUCUUGUAUUCCGACAAAAAGGAUGCCCCUCCACUGCUUCCAAGUGACACUACUCAAGGCUACAGGACUGUAAAAGCCAAGUUAGGCUGCAAGAAAGUCCGUCCAUGGAAGUGGAUGCCUUUCACUAAUCCAGCUAGGAAGGAUGGCGCAAUAUUUUAUCAUUGGAGACGUCUAGCAGAUGAAGGCAAAGACUACCCUUUUGCUAGAUUUAAUAAGGCAGUUCAGGUGCCUGUAUAUUCAGAACAGGAAUACCAGAUGUACCUACAUGAUGAUGGAUGGACAAAAGCAGAAACCGACCAUCUCUUUGACCUCUGCAAACGCUUUGAUCUCCGAUUCAUUGUCAUCCAUGACCGCUAUGACCACCAGCAGUUCAGGAAACGUUCAGUUGAAGAUUUAAAAGAACGAUAUUAUAAUAUUUGUGCCAAACUGACAAAAAUCCGUGCUCCUCCCGGUUCUGAUCCCAAACUCUCCGUGUUUGAUGCUGGACAUGAGAGACGGAGAAAAGAGCAGCUUGAAAGACUGUACAAUAGAACACCGGAACAGGUGGAAGAAGAGGAGUACCUAAUACAGGAGCUGAGGAAAAUCGAAAUGAGAAAGAAAGAGCGAGAAAAGAAAACACAAGAUCUUCAGAAGCUGAUCACAGCAGCAGACAACACCACAGAGAUGCGCCGGGCAGAGCGCAAGGCCGCAAAAAAGAAACUACCGCAGAAGAAAGAAACUGAAAAGCCAGCUGUACCAGAGACGGCCGGUAUCAAGUUUCCAGACUUCAAAUCUGCAGGUGUCACACUGCGAAGCCAAAGGAUGAAACUCCCCAGCUCAGUCGGACAGAAGAAGAUCAAAGCCAUUGAACAGAUGCUGACAGAGUUGGGAGUUGAUCUGAACCCAAUGCCCACUGAAGACAUUGUGCACAUGUUCAACGAACUCCGCAGUGACCUGGUCCUGUUGUAUGAACUGAAGCAAGCUUAUGCCAACUGUGAAUAUGAGCUUCAGAUGCUACGACAUCGCUACGAAGCACUGGCAAAGGCAGGGACACCCAGCUUGACAUCGGGAGAAGGGUUUGGCAUUGAUGGACAGCUGGGAGCUAUGGCCACAAGUUCUGAGGAGAUUAAGGGCGAAGGGAAGGACCAAUUCAUCGAUGUUGUCGGAGCUGCACCUCUCACACCAAAUUCGAGGAAGCGGAGGGAAUCUGCAUCAAGCUGUUCUUCGGUGAAAAAGAUCAAGAAACCCUGACUGGUUAUAAAGGCUAGGACAUGGACUAAAUGUGGUUAAAUGGACCUUGCCUUACCACACAGUAUCUGUGUUUCCUGCAUUUCAUUGACCAAAACUCCAGGAAGUAAGGCAAAGCAAGCACUGUCCGAUCGUAUAUUAUCUGACGGUAAUGAGGCGCUAUCAACGUACUGUGUUCAGAGGGAAAAAAGCUGCUAAACCAUUUCCUCCAAAAGCUGUAUCUCUACCACAAUUUCCCCAGGCAUCAAUGUCAACAGGUAUAAUUUAUUUUGGAACUGGGCCCAGUGCUGUGUAUAUUUGUAUAAUUGUUUUAUUUGUGGGGUAUUGUUCUGUGUUUGGUACAGGGCAGAGGAAUUGUAUUGUUCAGUUAAGACCACUAGACUGACUAUACCAUUUUUAUUACCAUUAUGUUUCCCGAUUUUGGGGGUGGGUGGGGGGAAAGGGAGGCAACACUGCAGAUGUGCACAACAUGCAGUACUAUUAUUACUAGGAACAAUGGUUAAAAUUGCCAAAAAAAAAGUGCAGAGAAUGUUGACCUAGAAUAAAAGAUUUUUCUGUAAAAAA